UCUAUGGACCUUGUUAAUGAAUAACUUCGGACACCAGAUGUGCAAGGUGGCUAUAUAUGUCCAAGGGAUACUCAAAUCCUGGUUAUCAGGCUGUCCCAACAUUCAAAACCUAUGAGCCACGGUGUCCCACUCUCCAGGGAAUCACCUAGAGAUCUCAUCUUUUUCUCUGCGGAGAAGCAGAAUCUGGAAUCUCCUCUCUCACGCUCAGAGGCACAUCACAACUUCUUGCCUCUUCGGUAGAAUAUAAAAUUCUGACUCCAAUCCCCAAACUUUUCUUGAACUUGUUGAACACUCCCAGAGAAUCUAGUCGUCUUGCCUUCUCAACGUUGGGUCUCUCCAGGCAUCAUGUUCAGGUUUGCCGCAGUGUUGCUGAUGCUCGUGGCUCCUUCUCUUCUACUCAUAGAAAACUCUGGACAAAUUGGAGUCAAGAAUAUGAAGGACCCUAAGUGUCCUCCUCGGAAGAAGAAUUUUGCAGCACUGACAGGCCACAUAUGUCAGAGGAGUUGUGAGCGCCGCAGCUGCUCCAAACAGAGGAACUGUGUAUGUGAUGGAGACUGUGGACUGAGCUGCAUUCCUCCAGGUUUGAGUUGUCCUUGGCCAGUGAUGAUAGAAAACGCUGAGACACAGAUGGCUCAGGAAUCCAAUACGUUUGGGGACUUUAUGAGGGUGACAUGUCACCCCAGAUUUAUAAUGCAUAAUGGACAGGAUGUAGCAAUGAGUCGCUGCCAAGGAGAUGGAAAGUGGAGCUUCACUGCGCCCUGUGAAGACAGUCUUAAUCUUUCAUCAGUUUGCAAACCUCCUCCAGAAAUUGAAAAUGGAUUCCAUGAAAGUGGCCCCUACAAAGUGGGAAAAACAGUAACUUAUGAAUGUAACUAUGGAUAUCAGCUAGAAGGAGCCAGCACACUCUUAUGCCAAGAGAAUGAAGAAUGGUCACACGCAGCCCCAACAUGUCAUCCUGUUAAUUGCUCCCAACCGCCCAAUAUUGCUCAUGCAACCCUGGUUGCUGUGCACAAACCUGAACACCCAGUGGGAACCGUGAUCUAUUACUUGUGCAACAAGGACUUCUACUUAGAUGGCUCCGAGAGAGUUGUCUGCUUGGAAAAUGGAAGCUGGUCCCAACUACCCCACUGCAGAGCCCGCUGUCCUAUCUCCGCCCAGCGUAGUCGGGUGAUCUACAACGGACGCAAGCUCUGGAUCAACGAGAUCCCAGCUGGUUUGGUCCAUCAUGGGGAAACUGUCAAGUUUUUCUGCCGCAGCCAAAACAAAACAUGUAGCUUUGAAGCUGAGAGCCAAUGCUUUGAUGGUGUGUUGAAAACACCUGACUGCUAUGAUGAGCCCACGUAUCUGCAGUACCAUCUGUUCCCUAAAAGAGUCGUUUCUGAAAUACCUGCCUGUUGAACGCCCUGCCGGCCAUUCGUUCUUCGACUGAGAUGCCUCCUUCUUCCUUGUUCAAGUUUAACUGGCAUCCUCGGGGUGCAGAAAAGAGAGGUGGAAACGAGGGAAUCGAACUGGAUGCAAGAGAACCAAAACCAACCACAUUUAAAAGUAGUAAACAGAUUGGGGAUUCAGAUACUUGAGACAACACUCUUAAUAAGCAACCGCUGGAUACAUUAUUUAUUCUCUCACUCUAUGGCUCCCUGGGUGAGCACAAUAUUUCUCCCCUAUACCACCUUAAUCAUACUUACUUUACACAGAUUUUAUGGUUGGAUCAACCUGUCAUAAGCAAAAUAAUAGUUCUGCGGGAGGCUUUUUUUUUUUAAAAAAAAGUGAAGGCAGCUUCAUUGAGAGUUCACAAUAUGAUGAGAUACUUAGGACACAGCAAGCGUUCAGCGACUUCAUAUAUGUCGACGGCAAGAUUCACAAAAGCAGAAUAACAAUAGAUUUUGCACUAUUCAUGAACUUCAUACCUUUGGUGCUUGUAGGGAUUGUGCUGAUUUUCGCAAUGAAAAUUAUUCCUCCGACAGGGCUGUAUAUAGGAAAAUGGAAAGAUAACAAGAAAAAAGUAUAAAACUGCAAUUUUAUGCAUUCUUACUUGGAAGUAAAAAUCUCUAUUGAACUGA